AUUCAGUCAAAUAAGCAAGAGCGAGGCGCGCUAGCAGCAGCUGCUGCUGCCCAGAGAUGGACUGUGAGAGCAGAGCAGCUCCCUUCGCCGAUGAUGAUGAUGAUGAUGUCACGGCCGGAGUCCUUCCUCAACUGCCCUGCCUGUGACCCUGGAGGGAGCAGGAGAGAUCCGGCCGACAGCCCCUCCGUUUCCUCCUGCCCGGGGCGGGAGUGCGGCCAGGACCUCUGGGGCUCUCUAAGGCUUGCGGCUCGUCUGCGGGUUCAACCUCGUGGUCUUGCUGGGACCGCGGGGACUCUUCCCCCCCCGUCUCCCUCUCUCGCACUUGGCGCUUGUGCGACCCCGGGAGGAGCGAGCGGCGGCGCACCCCAGCCCCCUCCUGGGCGGAGCUCGCCGCUGCGCUCUUCGGAGAGCCGCCGCCGAGACUGCUGCGCGCUCGCCCGGGCAGUGGCGCGGCGGAGCUGGAGCCGACGAGGCGCGCGGAGAUCGCGGUGGCUGAUCCGCGGAGAUCGCGCCGGCUUCGCCAUGAGCUUCCCUCGGCCCUUGCGCCGAUCCGUCAGCCUGAGCUCUGCGCGGACCCUGAGGCUCGUGGUGCUGGGACAGGGCGCCGUGGGCAAAACAGCUUUGACAGUGAGAUUCAUCACUAAGCGAUUUAUUGGUGAUUAUGACCCAACUCUAGAGAUGAUUUAUAGGCACACAGCUGUCAUCGAUGGGGAGAUGGUGCAUUUUGAAAUUCUUGAUACAGCAGGACAGGAGGAGGACUCUCUACAAAUUGAAGAGAAGAUAAAGUGGGGAGAUGGCUUUGCUGUGGUUUACUCUGUCACUGACAGGUGCAGCUUCGACGAAGUCAUGAGGCUCUGCUUCCUCAUCAACCACAUCCAUUCCAGCCCAAAGCGGAGCAGUGCGAGUGGAGAGCCGCCCGUCGUGAUUGUCGGGAACAAGAAGGACCUGCAGUUUGACCGCAUGGUGUCCUCUGAGGAUGGGGAGAACCUCUCCAAGGCCCUGAAGCAUCCUUUCUACGAGAUCUCUACCAGGGACAGCUAUGAGGAGACAGUGGUGGUUUUCAACACUUUAUACAAUGAGCUGAUGAAGCAAGGUCAUUUUUCCCCAGGGUCCUUCAAGAGGCGAGCAGUGUCUAAACUAAUGGAAAAGAUCCCAAAGAUUCACGCCAACUCGACUCUGGCCUCGGGUGGCAGGAGCCUGAGCUUCAAUUCCUUCAGGGACUACAUCCCGGAAUGAACUUCUGCACAGGCCAUUGUGAAAUGAUGGGCAGUUUAUGCAGGGACCAGCUGGAGUUGACAAGGGAGAGUGUGAGGAGCUGGUGAACUGGCAAGUCCAGAGACCUGUGCAUUGUUAGGAAAGGUGUUCUUUCCCCCUAACUACCUUUAAAGGCAGGGAGGUCACAGGGUGACCCUAGACCAGCUUUGUGGUACAGCAGUACAUAAGACCAACCCGACGUGGUCAGACAAAAGGUCCACCUAGUCCAGUAUCCUGCUCUGAACAGGAGCUACACAGAUGCUUCUGGGAAGCUCACCAGCAGGAUAUGAAGGCAAUAAUCUGCCCCCCUCCCCCUGUUUCCACCUCUGGCAAUUGUAUACUAUCUCUAUAGCUGGAAGUUCCAUUUAGCCAUUAUGACCAAUAGCCAUUGAUAGACCUACCCCCUGUGAAUUUUAAAGACUUCUUUGAUGGUUGCCAUCACCACAUCUUGUGGCAGCAUCUUGGUUGCAUGGUCUGAUUAUUCUUUUUGGACACCCAAGAAAGCAAGGAAAAGUGGAUGCCCUUGCCAAGGCUGGACUCUUGAUGCGGAGCUCUGGACCAGCGCAGUCUUGUUGAGUCAGUCUUGUUGGUAGGAGGGGUGGUGGGAUCGACAACAAGUUUUGCAAAAGGCUUUUUAAAAGGCUGAUUAAGAUGUGUUCUCAUCUUCCCGGCUCUUGCUAGUAUGUUAUUGCUCAUUCCUGUCCAUCAGCAGAAUGGUUUAGGCACCUGACCUUUUUCCAUAAUGGACCAAGGCCAGUGGCCCCACCAGUUUUCUAUACAGUACAGUCAGGAUCAAUAGAAAAACAUGUUGGAAAUGGCUGAUUAAAGGUUUGGUCAGAAGAGAGUUCUGUUUACAUUGAGCAGCAGUGCCAUGUGACUUCAUGGCAGGAAGCACUGAGGUCAGAGAAUAGGGAAGUUCAUGGAAUUGUGGAGCUUCAGGCUGCAAAACAAUGCACACUUUCCUAGAAGUGAAGCUCACUGAGGACUGUAGGACUUACUUUUGAGUAAACGUGCAUAGGAUUGCACUGUUAGUGACCAAAGUCCAUCAAGUGUGCCAUAAGACAGCUUCUCCCGCCACCAAUCUUCCUGUGUAGUUAGUACCAUCAGUAUUCAGAUAACUGACUUUUUAUUGGUGUGUAGAUGUCAUAGCAGGGAACACUUUCAAGUCUCUCCUCAUUUCUGGCAGAUUUUUUUUCUUGAAGUAGGAACAUAAGAAGCUGCUUUAGGGCAAUGGUCAAACCAGCCAAGUACUAUUUGUCUUAACCGGCAGCCAACUCAGCCAGUAUCUCAGCUGUGUCCAUCGUGUUCAUUUCCUGCUCUUUAUUUAACUGGAGAAACCAGGGAUCGAACCUGGAACCUUCUGCUUGCAAAGCAUAUGUUGUGUCAUUGAGCUAUGGCCCUGACCCAAAUUAGUUCUUUCUUCCUCUUUUAAGGCUGCAUCCAUUGUCAUGCUAAUAUACUUGUAGGCACUUGCUGUUCUGGAAGGAAAGAUGACCGACUUAUUCCACAAAGGCUUCUAUUCUACCGUUCAACACUGGAAAAUAGCAUUCUGUUUGCCUCCUGCUUCCUUCACUGACUUCUGUGUAGGCAACUCAGAGAAGCUCUGUGCAUUGCAAACACAGAUAUUUUAGAUGCAGCUUGAGGGGUUCUCCAUAUAUCUGAAAAUAAUAAACAUAAUCUGCCUGCUCUUCAGCAAAACCCUAGGGCCAUCUUUUGCUUAUUUCUGACAACAAAAGGAACUGCCUUCACCCAACAAGUCUGAGAACAUGCUGUUGUUGUUUAGUCGUUUAGUCAUGUCCGACUCUUUGUGACCCCAUGGACCAGAGCACGCCAGGCACUCCUGUCUUCCACUGCCUCC